CUUGUUCAGAUUAAUGAUACGUAAUUUCACUUUCUAGUACCUUUUGGUUAUCGUUGGGUUGGGAAGGAACGGUAGUCAGGACCGACAUUACUCGUCUGUCUCUGCAGACAGUGGCGACAGACUGAAAUUAAUACAUACUUUUUGGUAAAUGUAUCUAGUUAACUCGAGCCGGGGUACGGGAUGCGGGUUGGAUCAAUCAACUGAAAUAUUUAUUUUUUUACUUGCGUCUUCUCUCAAGUCAGCAAAACAACGUCAUUCAAACCAUACAUUUUGUUAAAACAGCAUGUUCGGCUAGCAGAGACCAUACCAUUAGCUAACGUUAGCCAACUGCCUGGCAGUGUUCCAGUUUAUUGGCAUUUAUUAUGUGGAAAACAAUGUUUGAAAUGUAGCCCAUCACAUGGGUGAAUGGAUUCUGACAUCAAACAAAUAUAGCGUGCUAUUAUGUUGCGAACGGAGGUUGUUGUGCUGCUAGCUAGCUUUCUAGUCAAAUUAUGCACCACAUUAGGUGCCUUACGCGCUGCAAUACUGUAGAUCUCUGCGAGUUUUGAAAGUGUUAUGACCGAUAAGGAGUUAACAUUAUUUUUUGGUGAGGGAAAUGUUUGGGGUGAUCAAACUUGAAGUGUGUGUCGAAUCUGGAUGCAGAGGUCUGGGGCGAGCGGGGAAUGGCGUCCUAGAUUUAUCAGGAGAUAUAUACUUGGAUUACGGAGGACGAAUGGAAGGAAACAGAGGAAGAGUGGAGCUUGGUGCUGUCAAAUUCUCAGACUCAGCUGAGAGAUGUCCAUCCCAGACCCCCCCAUGGGAGGGACACCUCGGCUGGGCCCCUCCCCAGGACCGGGGCCUUCUCCAGGAGCCAUGAGGGGACCCAGCCCUUCCCCAGGCUCUGCACAUAGCAUGAUGGGACCCAGCCCAGGUCCCCCAGCCUCUGGACACUCCCACCCACAACAGGGGCCCUCAGGAUAUCCUCAGGAGAAUAUGCAUCAGAUGCACAAACCUAUGGAAGGCAUGCAUGAGAAGGGCAUGUCUGAUGACCCUCGCUAUGGACCAAUGAAGAGCAUGGGCAUGAGACCAGGUGGAGGCCACAUUGGAAUGGGACCCCCUCCUAGCCCCAUGGAUCAACAUUCACAAGACUACCCCUCUCCACUGGGGAGUUCUGAGCACUCUCCCAACCCUGUGCCAGCCAACAGCCCUCCCCCCGGCCCCAUGAUGCCCUCUGGCCCAGGUGUCCCCAUGGAGGGCGGUGACCCCCAGGCCAUGGGCCAGCAGAGCCUCGGGGGUUUCCUAAGUGGUGGUUCUGUGCCAGGCGGGGUUGGGCCUGGUGGACCCACCCCCUUCAACCAAAACCAGCUGCACCAGCUCAGGGCCCAGAUCAUGGCCUACAAGAUGCUGGCUCGCAGCCAGCCCCUACCAGACCACCUGCAGAUGGCUGUGCAGGGCAAGAAGCCCAUGUCAGGGAUGCAGCAGCAGCCAGGGAUGCCCAACAUGACCCCUUCCUCUGGGCCUGGAGCGUGGCCUGGACAGCCACCAGCAAACUACAACAGACCACUUGGAAUGUUAGGCCCAAACAUGCCUCCUCCAGGACCCUCAGGUGUUCUUCCUGGUAUGCAGGGCCAGCCCACCAAUGGACCCCCUAAACAAUGGCCAGAAGGGCCCAUGGUGAAUGCUGCUGCUCCAUCCAGUGCCCCCCAGAAGCUGAUUCCCCCUCAGCCCAUUGGCAGACCCUCCCCUGCUCCCCCCUCCCCCCAGCCCCCACCCAUGGUGCUGCACCAAAAACAGAACCGCAUCACGCCCAUCCAGAAGCCCCAUGGCCUGGACUCAGUAGAGAUCCUCCAGGAGAGAGAGUACAGGCUGCAGGCUCGAGUGCUGAGGCACGUAGCGAGUAAAAAUCAUCUGUCCUCCGUUCCAACACUCACUACCGAGUUUCAAACUGCCUCUGGAAGCAACGUCAGCACAAGAACUGUUCGUCGGGAGCUUCAUGAAAUGGGUUUCCAUGGCCGAGUGUAA